AUGCGCUCCUUCCUCUCAUUGUCAAUCGCUGCUCUGCUUCAGCUCGGAGCAGCAUUGCCAACCACCCACUCAUCCCAAUCCAACCACACCGAGAAAUAUGUAGACUGGCGGACCUUCACUGGUUACGGCGUGAACCUCGGUGGGUGGCUGAUACAAGAAUCCACCAUCGACACAGCAUGGUGGGCGAAAUAUUCCCACGGCGCAGCCGAUGAAUGGACCAUGUGCGCCAAGCUAGGGGCUGCCUGUGCAUCUGUCCUCGAAGCCCGGUACAAAACUUACAUCACACCCUCCGACAUCGAUACACUUGCCGAGGCAGGUGUCACUAUCCUCCGCAUCCCAACUACAUAUGCCGCCUGGAUCGAUCUACCCGGGUCUCAGCACUACCAUGGCAACCAGCAGAAGUACCUUCGCCGCAUUGCCCAGCAUGCCAUCACCAAGCACAAUAUGCAUGUCGUCAUCGAUAUCCAUAGUCUCCCUGCUGGCACCAAUGGACUUGAUAUCGGUGAAGCAGUCGGUCACUAUGGCUGGUAUUACAACAGCACAGCCUUGGACUGGAGUUUGAAGGCUGUGGAUGCCCUGGUGGAUUUCGUGGCCACCUCUCCAAACCCAUGGAGCUAUACCAUCGAGCCCAUCAACGAGCCAGUGGAUAACAGGGACUUUUCAACAUUCGGCACCCCAGCCGCCCUCUCCGACAAAGGCGCAAAAUGGCUAGUGAAAUACAUCCGUGCUGUCCUUGAUCGUGUGGAGAAGGUGGAUGCCCGCAUCCCAGUGAUGUUCCAGGGCAGUUUCAAGCCCGAGACCUACUGGAGUGGUUUCUUCGAGAAGGAGAGGAAUCUCGUUUUCGACGCCCAUCAUUAUUACUUCCAAUAUCCCAAUGCGACUUCUGUCAAUUUGCCUACUUUUAUCUGCAAGGAUGCCAAAGAUACAGAGGGGGAUGCAAAGUUCCCUGUCUUUGUUGGUGAGUGGUCGAUUGAAGCGGGUGGGAAUAACACCCUCGCAUUGCGUGGAGAGAAUCUUAGAGCUGGAAUUUCCGCCUGGGCUCAAUAUACGCAGGGUAGCACGUUCUGGACGGCCAAGUUCUCUAGCAAUGUCACUGCCGCGGGACAAGGCACGAAGGAUCAUUACUGGAACUUCUCCGAGUUUAUCCAGGCAGGUUAUCUGGAUGGGGAGGUUGUGACGAAGGAUUAUUGUUGA